CUUCGUUAACGUCGCAACACGUGAGUUUUUUGCUAUAUAAACUGACCACAAAAUAGAGCAGGAGUCAAAUACAUUCACGUGAGUCAAAAUUCUAGCAUUCAAUUUUUGAUCUAUUUAACUUAUAUUCUAAAAGCAGUGAAUCUGUUAUGAAAUGAAGAUGAAGUUUACAAUAUCUACAUCGUUUUUGGUGGUAGCAGUUUUUGGAAAGACCACUCAAUCACUGAACACGAAAAAAUUCCCUCCUAAGUUUAUGUUCGGUACUGCCACGGCUGCAUACCAAAUAGAAGGCGGCUGGAAUGAGGAUGGCAAAGGAGAAAACAAUUGGGACCAUCUAAGUCAUUCCCCAUUGUCCCCAAUCUACGACCACCACACUGGUGACGUAGCAUGUGACUCUUACCACAAGUAUAAAGAAGACGUACAGUUGCUGAAGCAUUUGGGAGUUAACCACUAUCGUUUCUCCAUAUCGUGGUCCAGAAUCCUGCCAAGUGGCUUCGACAACAAAAUCAACCCACUCGGGAUUCAGUACUACAAGAACUUGAUCAAGGAAUUGAAGGACAACGGUAUCGAGCCUUUGGUAACUAUGCACCAUUGGGACACCCCGCAACCUUUGGAGAACAUAGGCGGUUGGACGAAUGAAAAAAUAGUCGACAUGUUCGCGGAUUACGCCAGAAUACUAUAUGAAAACUUUGGUGAUGAUAUCAAGUACUGGACAACUUUCAACGAACCUAAACAAACCUGCCAGCAAGGCUACGGAUCAGGACUGAGGGCUCCUGCCAUUAAGUCCCACGGUAUUGGAGAAUAUUUGUGUACUCACAAUCUUCUUAAAGCUCAUGCUAAAGCAUGGCAUAUGUACGACGAUGAAUAUAGACAAAAACAACACGGAUUUGUUGGUAUUACAUUGGAUUCAAUGUGGAUGGAGCUGGACACUGAUAGUGAAUUGGACAAAGCUGCUGCAGAGAGGGCCAUUCAGUUCACGUUUGGAUGGUUCGCAAACCCAAUCAUCAAAGGUGACUACCCAUGGCAGAUGAAACAAUUCAUAGCCCGAAGAAGUCUAGCUCAAGGUUUUAGCGAGUCGCGUUUGCCAGAAUUCACUGCUGAAGAAAUCAAAUACAUUAAGGGCACAAUCGACUACUUGGGUGUCAAUCAAUAUACAGCAGGUUUGGUGCGUCACGUCGAAGAUAAGAACAGAACGAAAAUCUCAUGGGAAGCAGACCAAGAAACCUACAAUUAUCAACCUGAACACUGGGAGAAGACAGCCGCAAAUUGGUUGAAAUCGGUACCUUGGUCAAUGAGGAAACUGGUUAACUGGAUAAGUAAAACUUAUGGUAACAUUCCACAAUUCAUUACUGAAAAUGGUUAUGCUGAUAAUGGUACCACGCUUGAAGAUGACCGUAGAAUCCACUACUACCAGGAAACGCUGAGCAAUUUAAGAGAUGCGAUGGAUGAUGGAGCUAACGUCAUCGGAUAUACAGCCUGGAGUUUGAUGGACAAUUUUGAAUGGUACCAGGGAUAUAAGGAAAGAUUCGGACUCUAUUACGUCGACUUUACAUCCCCCGAGAGAACAAGAACACCAAAGAAAUCUGUAGCGUAUAUUAAACACGUGUUCGAGACGAGGUGUAUUGUGGAUAAAAAGGAUUGCACAGAAGAAAGCAAUAUUGAUACGAUCGUCAAAUAUAUACACAAAGAUAUAGACAACCAUCUUAGUAGAUAGAUAUUAGUCUAGGAGAGGUUAUUAAUUUAUUUCUAUGUGUUAAGUUUGAUUUAAUUUUUUAAUUAAUUUAUUUAUAUUUAUAUAAAUUAUUGAGUGACUGUCAAACUACGCAGUACCGAAACUGAUAUCCGGCAACAUUUUGUUAUACAUUUUGUUUAAUUUUUUUAUAUGUCUGUCAUCGAUGUUGUACUUCGGUAUCUGUGGUUUUUGUGUAUUAAAUUUGGGGAAAGAUAAAAUUGACUAUACAAAAUUUAAAAGUGAUAUUGUGAAAUUAUAUUUUUAAGAUUUUAAGACUGUUACUAUUUGUUUAAUAAUUAUUAUAGUAGGGCAGUAUUAUAUAGGGUAAAAAGACAAAAAUUUAAUUUAUUUAUUUAUGGAAAUUAUGAUAAAUGACAAUAAAAAUUGUUAUUAAUAUA